CUUUGAUUUCCAUUCUGCUACUGACAAUGUGAUUCAUUCCAUGCCAUUGCAUAUGACCGUUGCUUCGUAUAUCCACUCUGAUGAUACAUGACUCCGGCUUUCUGACACUUGUCACUUGAACGCCCAAUAGAAUCGAAGGAUUCUGUUGCUCGUGCUCGUUAGCUCUCUGAUUAGAUUUCAAUCUAACUACUUAUGCAAAAUGUGAUAACCCUCCCUGGUAUAGCGUCCAUUGCUCGGGAUGUUGAAGAGCUCAGUGAAGGAUUCGGCCCGCAUGCAAAGGAAGGUGGAACAACAUCGAGCAGUCUCAGUGGCUUCCGGGUUAUAUUAUACAGCAAGGAGCAGAGUGAUUUAGACCAAACUUAUGCAAUGAAGACGUUCUCACUCUAUGUCUGACAAUAGCAACGAAUAUGUCGAAUGAUAUUUACCUCUUGUACCAAGGUUCAACCUACGAAGGUUAUGAUAUCCCAAGCUGAUAUCCCCCAUGUUUCCUAUGUUGACAACCUGACAGGCUCAGAGAGACUACACCAACACCCACUGUACUAGCCAUAUUGAAAGCGGCUCGCGUGCUUCGGUAAGUGAUAGACUCUGUUUUCGAUGGCUAUCGAUGAGGUAUAUGGUUCUGAAGCGCCUGAGAAAACAUGGGAGCAUGUCAUACCUGGCUAUGUCGUCUACGGUUUUUUCUGGUGCAGUGCAUCUAAAUCUGUCCCUUGUUUGAUCUUGGUGAUAAGAGGAGAUCUGGUGUCGUCCAUUGGCUUUCUGACCCCAGUGGCCUUCUUUUGGAUAGCCAGAACCAGAGGGGCAAGUCAACCUUGCUUGGCCUUGACUUUCCGAGCCACUUGGGGAAGUAGAAAUCCAAUUACAUUGCCAGCCCCACAUGCUGAUCGAGCAGAUGUCAAGCUCGAGCAGAAGACUGAUUUGUCAAAUGGGGUCUCGGUUACUGAUUCAGACAGUGCUGAUGUGCGGUAGAGAGCCCUAUCGAUGAGACAUCUGCUACCUGGCAUGUGCUUCUAUUUUCAUAGUCGCAUCCAUUCCGACAGUGGGAAAACUGCCGAUAUCCAAGUAAGAGACGUAAAGGAGCAAAAGCCGCUGUAGACGCUCGACAGGAAGCAUAUGAUCGUAAAGUGCUUAUCCCACUAAUAGAGGGGAUUCCUCCACCCAUAAGAGAUCAGAGCUAAUCAGAGACGCCUUUCAGGAGGCAGAUGACAGGUUUUCAGCUAAGAAAAACCAAGCAACCCCACUCGAGUGCAUCGGCCGAGCCGGAGAACACAUUGGUUAGGUUCAGAAAGAGAUGGAGAAGCCUGUGAGCGACGUCAGUGCUACCCCACCAAUCCCCCACUGCGGAUCAUGAAAUCUGAUGUUGAAAAGACGUGACAAUACUGGCAUUUGACUAUCGUGUCAGGUGGCAAAAGCUCUGAUCAAUUCCCUGCCUUAAACCGGUAUACCAUCGGCAGAACAUCUUUG